AUAGCUGUCUGGAAAAUCCCUAAAUAGACCAAGAGCUAUUUCUGUUCUGUGAGCAGAACAUGGAGUUUAUUUUUGGUGGCAGAAGAGUGUGAAACUGAUACUGUGCUAUCACAUUUUAUUUAGGUUUGACAAGUUUAUAUUGUGACUGUUGCCAUGUUGAAUGAAAUAUUUUCCGAAAGGAUAACACUGAAUAUAUAUUUAUAUUAAGAACUGUAUAAAUUAAGUAAGUGAUGAGGCGUAAGUAGAACAUACUGUAUGUUUUGUGUCUGCUGGGUGCAGUGUGGAACAAUCUAGAGGCCUUCUGUCCAUUCUCAUAACCAACUGUAGCUUACACAGAGUUUGGGUACAUUAAGUGAGACACCAGCACUUAGAGCUGCCACACUACACCAGCUUUUAUUGCAGUUAUUGAUGAAACCAUAUUCUGCUGAGAUGAUUUUUCUAUGAUAAAACACAAUGAACUGGUAAAAUCUUUUGAACCAUUCACAAUAUUUCCCUAAUUGCAUUUUACCAAGAAUAUCUCAUGUGUCCAUUGAUUGAAAACUGCUGUUCUUUUUGCAGAAAUUGAAUAGGAUCAAACAGACUAGAUCGUGCAGAGAAAAUAUAAAGCGGUGCAUGACCACUCAUUCAUUCAGGGGAUGAUCUCUGCUGCGAUCUCUACGGGAAAUACACGACAAGUCGUUACUCCCCCUGCUGAUCCUAUCCAGUGGUCUGGAAGAAGAACAAAAUGUUUCAGAUUUGUAACAUCUUCACCAGCCGUGAUUACUGUCAAAUUAAUUAUCAUUUCACAACAGAGUCUCAGCUGAGGAGGAGAAAGCCAGCUUUUCCAAACCAGCAGGUGGAGUUUGAGGACGUCAUUGCUGAACCUGAUGGUACACACAGCCUGGAUGGGGUGUGGAAACUGAGCUAUACCACCUUCACUGUGUCCAAGUACUGGUGCUACCGCAUCUUGUCUGCUGUCUUCGGUAUCCCCGUGGCCCUGCUCUGGGGCUUCCUGUUUGCCUGCAUCUCAUUCUGCCACAUCUGGGCUGUGGUUCCCUGCAUCAAGAGCUGUCUGAUUGAGUCGCAGUGUGUCAGCCGCAUCUACUCUCUCUGUAUCCAGACCUUCUGUGAUCCAUUUUUCGAAGCUCUGAGCAAGAUCUGCAGCAAUGUGCGUGUAGCGCUGCGCAAAGAAGUCUAAGAACUCACUCAGUGUUUUAGUAUGACGGAAUGAAAUGUGGUAUCUUUUUAUACACCAGAAGAUCAAUGUUGGCGUUCAGCUUACUCCCUCAUACUCCCAUUCCUCCUUCUCUCAUAACAUGCUGUCCCCGCCCUACUGUCCUCAUGCUCAGUGCUCUGAGUCCUGACAUACCCAGUGUGGCCUCCGUCACCAGAAGCUCUAUGACAGCUGCAGCAGGCAGCAUGGCUCUAUGACAGCUCUGGCACUCCUGGAAGCCUCAGUGCUCCUUACUGAGGGAGGAAAGUGCUGCCUGCCAUGUGGAGGAGCUGUGCGCUCUCACAUGUAACAAAAAGCUCAGACAAUGACUAAUGAACUUCCCAACACUGCUUCACCUGUGGACUUAAGCCUGAAUGCAUAAUAUUUGGCCAUUUUUAAAAUUACACCAGUGUCGUAUAUGUUGCUGUGAGUGGUGUUUGACUUUAUACUGACUGAAUUGACAAUCAUGUAGAGCAAAAGCAUGUAGCAGCUUAGACAUUAGAAAAAAAAACCCACAACAGUGACUAGGAAGUGAAAAUGUUUUGUUAACACAAAUGCUUUGUUGAGUACUGUCUGAUUUCGAUGUUGUUAAAAUACAUUAUGUUCUGAUGUGUUUUCCAUAUUUGUAAUGACUCCACAGGAAUUAAUGGACAAUUAGAAGAGUGUUUGAGACCAGCCAUGUAGAUAAAUUAUUCUCUAUAUCAGUGUGUGUAAGUUGAAUGUAAAACAUGCUUGUCUGCAUAUUUCAGACUAGUACAUGUACACAAGCAUAGGCCUAACUACUGAUGGAGUUCAUUUUAAAAAGCCUGUCCAUGACAUCCAUUUUAAUGUAAGUAUUAUUAUUUUUGUCUGGAAACAACUUUGCUAUUAAAUCUGAAACUGCAGUUGACAUUGUC